UCAGCUCUCUCUCUCUCUCUCUCUCUCUCUUUCUCUCUCAGCUCUUUGACUGCGAGUCAGUAUCUCUCCAGGUCCUGUCUGACUUCAUAACAAACGACUUUGCUGGCACGCACCAGGUCAUGGCCACUAAACUGAACAAAGAGCAAAGUCACUUAGUGGCAGUUCAACCUGACUCCUGAGCACGGCAGAAAGACCGGCAUCAUCGCCUGAUCGAUUUCCUGUCGGUGCAGAUUUAAUGGGGAGAGCUGCAAGUGCAAACUUUGCUUUGGGCUCCUGAUCAUCUCGAGCUUCGUGAAUUUGAGCUACAGCUCUUCACUUCAGAUUUCACUUUCAAGCAAGACCUCAGAUCAGUAGGUGCAGAGGCAACUGAGUCAUAGUCGUGUACAUGUAGUACUGUCAGUACCGGUACUUUCAUUGGUUGGUUCACAUCGCUCGUUCAAGCCGGGCAAUCUUUUGGUCCCAAGCUGGCAACCCACAGCCUGUCACAGUGUGGGGCCUGACGACCUGUGGAAUCACUCCAGUCUACACUUGCGGUAACUAUUACUUCUACCUGCUACAGAAGGCUAAAACUGAAAAGUUAGUUGCACACGCUGGUGUUUUUUUUUAUUGUGUACGAGUGGGACCACUCUGAGUCUUGCAUCCACACACAGACUGACUGAAAAGGCCGUGUUGGUUGUUGUGUGUUGCACAUGUCCCGGAACGGCCGAAGACCUUCCAUACAGUGAUACACGCACACCAUCGUACACACGGUGUAUCAGCAGACGCAGUGGUUUUGUUGGGCCGCUUGUUUAUGUACGUCAUUCGCAAGGAGGCAGUUUGAGUUUUCGUUUUCUUGUUUGCCGAGUUGCUGUUCUCUGUGGUAAGCCCGCAGUGACAGACGACGUUAUGUCGGCCACCGCAGAUACCACUACCGUAGAGGGUACGGAGCAGACGGAAAUCGCAGUGCCUGGAGAAACUCAACAGCAUCUUGACCAGUCAAACUUGUCAGAUGUGGACCUUUCCAGCUCCCCGACCAAAGUCGACCGUGCCAGUCCAGCACAACAGAGAGCAGCUGAACAUGUGGAGUCACCCGGCGAUGGCACAGGCAAGUCAGACUUCUCGUUGCCCGACACAGAAGUCCAGGCGAGGUCUACAGUGCCAGUCGCUGCUCGCUUGCAGAGCUUCGCGACCUGGGGAAUGACGAAAGUCAAAUGUGCUCGUCAGUCCAUGAACGAACGGUUUGGCAAAGUGACCAAAACAGUAGAUACCCAGAUGACAGAGCGCAUAGAGAGCCUGCGCGAGGCGCAGCGCAACUACGUGCAGAUCAUGAACCUGGCCAAGAAGCUGUCAACGCAGCUGAGAGGCUUCCUGGAGACGCAGCGCAAUCUGGGAGAUAUUUUCUCCGAGUACGGGGUGCGAGUGACGGAAACCGAUCUGCAGGCGGAGCUGCUCCGCGGCGGCACGGUGCAGAGAACGGUGGCCAGAACAGGAGAUGCAUUGGUAGCGUCGCUGGACCACUUUGUCAGCAGCAUCGGCACGCUGAUCUCCAAGACGAUGGAGGACACGUUCGCAAAGGUGCACGAGUACGAGGCGAUGCGCGUGCAGUACGACGCUUUCCGCAUCGACGUCGAGCAGCUGCAGACGUUCUGUGAUGGUAACCCGGCCAACACAGCAAAGCAGGCAAAGCUAGAAGCGGCGCUGGUGGCGUUUGAGACGCAAAAGGAGCUCUUCACCGUCGUGCGCAACGAGCUGAACGUCAAGCUCAAGUUCCUGGAUGAGAACAAGAUUACCGUCAUGCAGAAGCAGCUUGUUCUCUUGCACAACGCAACGUCGGGCUUUUUCACUGGCGACAUUGAGGUGUUGGAGCGCUGCCUGAAGUCGUAUCACAUCCGACGGCUGGACCUGGCCACCGCGCUGCCCACCAGCACCGAGGUCAAGUCCACCCUGCAAGAGCUGCCCAUGAACAACGGCACAGGGCACUCGAUCGACGAGUUCUGACUUCUCCCGUUUGGCACACUUCUGCUGCUGUGACGAUACCGUGAGUGUGAACAGCCUUGCACAGCAGGAGUCCAGCAUGAACGCGACGAAGAGGAGGGAGAGCAAUUCGGUGCUCUCCGGCAGCUGUGAGCUCUCGACCUGACCACCGUUACAUGAUCUACACGAUAUUGUGUAUGCACCGAGAGCGCCGUGGCCACGCUGCACCGGACCGCGAGUCCCUUAUUCAUUUUUUAAUUCUGAAACGUUCACCAAAACUUACACCGCACAUUUGUCAAUUCAUUCAAUGCUGCGUUUUGAUCGAGCCUGCAGUUUUGAUACAGUUUACCCGGUGCAUUGUCGCCACCGGAAUGCGGUAUGGCUGGCUGCGACUGGAUGGGGAAUAGCCGCUACCAUUACUUUUGGAUGCGUGUGGUUGUACCCCUGAAUGGCUCACCAAGAUUAUUUAUUCUUUGUCCAUCUCAUCCUUACUUUCGUAUACAUGAUUCUCUUUUUUAUUCUUCAAAUCUCUUGCGUAGGACUCGUUAUGGGUUGUUAGUGGUACAGCUGUAUUGUUUUCCUAUGGUUGUAGAUGGGAUUCUUUGUAUUGGCCACCAGAUGUGCUCACCGGUAUUUUACAUUGUUAUCAAUUCGCCCGUGUCGUCUUGUUUGUCAGUGACGGUGCUGACUAGGGACAUUGCAACGAUUGCGACCUUCCAGUACGUACAUGUACUCAUCUUGA